AUGGCUGCGCCGAGCCCCACCGCGGAGCUUCCCAGCGAAGCCUCCUGCCCCGUCUGCCUCGAGUAUUUCCGAGACCCCGUCUCCAUCCACUGCGGCCAUAACUUCUGCCGGGCGUGCAUCACCCGCUGCCGGUUGAGUUUGCGGGCGGCCAGAGGGGAGACGGUGGAGGAGGAAGGAUGCGAGAAGCACCGGGAGCCCCUGAAGGUCUUCUGCAAAGACGACGAAGCUUUCAUCUGCGUGGUCUGUCGGGAGUCCCGAGCGCACCGGGCCCACGCGAUGCUUCCCGUGCAGGAUGCUGUCCAGGAAUACAAGGGACACAUCCAGGCUCAUCUGCAAGCCCUGAAGGAAGACAGAGACAAACUCCUGGGGUUCCGAGAGGCUGAAAUGAGGAGAAGCUGGGAAUAUCUGGAGAAGACCGAAGCCGAGCGGCAGAGGGUUUUCUCCAAGUUCGAAGGGUUGCGGCUCUUCCUGGAGGACCAUGCCCGUCAUCUGCUGGCUCAGCUGGGGGACCUGGAGAGGGACAUAGAGAAAAUGCAGGAAGAAAACAUCACUAGCCUGACAAAGGAGAUAUCCCGUCUGGAUACCUUGAUCCAGGAGAUGGAGGAGAAGUGUCAGCAACCAGCAAGAACAUUCCUGCAGGACAUCAGAGGCACCUUGAGCAGGUUUGAAAAGGAAAACUUCCAGCAGCCCCCGGUGCUUCUUCCAGAGCUGGAGAAGAAAAUCGGUCACUUCAGGGAGAAAAGUGUUGCUCUAGAGGAGACUCUGAGGAGCUUCCAAGACGUCCUGAUGUUUGAGCUGCCUGAGAAAAUGAAGGUGACCCUGGAUCCGUCCACAGCUCACCCCCAGCUCGUCGUGUCGGCGGACAGGAGGAGCGUGAGGUGGGAAGAAGCCCAGCGGGACCCACCGGCGGAGGGGUUUGGCACCGACCCCUGCGUGCUGGGCUGCGAGGGCGUCACCUCGGGGAGGUGCUGCUGGGAGGUGGAGGUGACACCCCAAGGCUCCUGGGCUGUGGGGGUGGCCAGGGAGUCCCUGAAGAGGAGGGAAGAGACCGCCGUGGGGCCUGAGAUGGAGCUCUGGUCUAUGGGUCUCUGUGAGGGUCAGUUUUGGGCUCUCACCUCCCUCGAGCGUAUCCCACUAUACCAGAUCCAGGUCCCCAGAAGGAUCCAGGUCUCCCUGGACUAUGAGAAGGGUCAGGUGGCGUUUUUUGAUGCUGAUAAGAGAGCCCUGAUCUUCACUUUCCCAGCAGCUUCAUUUAAAGGGGAGAGUAUUCAUCCCUGGUUCCUGGUGUGGAGCGAGGGGUCCCAGAUCACACUCUGCCCCUGA